AUGGCUUACAACAGGAACCAUGGAAAGCUGCAAGCAUUUGAUGAUAUGCCCAUGAUGGACAGUGAUAACUCCAAUGAGGAAGGGUUUGUAUCAGCUGCCAAAGAACUGUAUCAAUGCAUAGAUGAGUGGUCCCAUAUCUUAGAUGUUGCAAAUGCAGCAAGAACUGCUGUUAGUGAUGCAUUGAAGCUAUGCUUCCUGACAGCUGCAUACCCCAGCCCUGAUGUUGAUGAAAGUCAGUCACCAUCCAAGCAAUGCAAAAAGAAGACUCUCCCUUCUCAUUGCAAAUCAGCAGAUUUGGAAUUUCAGAGACUCAUCCGUGAACAUGCCCAGUUGCUUAUGGGUAGAGAAAACACCAAAUCUCUCUUCACCAAUGUUCCUACAAAAGAAGAAGCUACUGCAUACCAAUCAGCACAAGGCCCUGCAUGCACUCCAGAUGCCUUCUGUGUCGAUUUGAAUGAUGUACCUAGCGCCACAUGGAACAAAUCUGCAUCUCAUGUGUUUACUGACAGCUUCUGUAAUGCAUACCCCAGCUGUGGAUGCACCUUGAAACAAAUAUGCACUGCUUGGGUUGUGCACUUCAACUACCUUUGCCAGAUAUAUGCGACUCAACAGCAAGUUACAUGCACAGAGCAGGCCUGCAUUGGAAGAAUUGUAGCUGGCCAUGCAACCGGAAACAAUGUAGAUGAUGUGGGCAUACUGGACCAGCAACAAUGUACAUGUAGGCACCAGGAGCGGAAGUCUCAGUUGUACAUGAGACAUCUGAGGGCAGCAAAUACUCAUGCUAGAGCCUACCCUACUGCCUCUCAUGUAGUACAAGAAUUGGGGGUAGCUGGUAUGAGCUCUGACAAGUCAGAUCAUGAGGCCAGAUGGGGUGAAACCACUUAUAUGAUAACAAAGAAGAUGUGGCGAGCAAACCAGUUUCUGGACUCCUUAGAUCCACACUCCUUCAGUGACCUUGAUAUUCAAGAUGUCAUAGAACUCAAUAUUCCUGAGAGUCUCACAAAAUUGACAAAAGAAUAUGAUGUGUUUGACAAGCAGAUCAUAUGCAGUCUGGCCCACAAUCUUGCAUGA